AUGCACGUGGAUUUUGGUUCAAACUUCGCGGGGACGGACAGCCUGGCCAAGUUACGAGUGCUAGGAGACGAAGAGAGUCCUGUGGUUCGUGGUUCGAACAAGGCGGGGACGGACAGCCGGGCCAAGCUACGUUUCCCAGCAGACGAGACGGUGCUGGCGUUUCGUGCGUCAUCACCUGGCCAAGCGUCAGUGCAGCAGGGUGGUCUACUGUACGAGUCAGACCGGCAAGGCUCCCGCCGUGGCUCUUGGUUCAAAGAACGCGGAGACGGACAGCCGGGCCAAGUUCAGCCUCCUAGCAGACGAGUUCCAGAGCAGCGUGCUCACCGGAAGUUCUCCGGAGGAUCCGGAUGCUCACCGGAGGAUCUGCCCACCACGGACUUCGGAGAAUCCCUCGAUCUGAAGCAACCUGGUGCGCGAGCCACCGAGCAGCCGCUGACCCAGACUGGAGAGGUUCAGCUCGAGCGCCAGGGCCGGAGGAAUGCUUUUGCUGGUGUACGAAUGGUUAAGAGCUCCGAAAUAAAGUUACGGUGUGUGGAAUUAAGGCCCGUGCGUGUCUGGUCUCUCUUCGCUAGCAUUUUCUUUCAGCGUGGACAAGCGUCCGAGUGUCGCCAGUCAAUCGACAAGUAUUUCUGUCAAAGGGGGACGUGGGUCUCCUCAUAAAAGGAAUUCAACAGCUUGCUAUAUUGAACCGCUCCUCGCAGUGCUACUAAACCGGGUCAAGGAUUCAAAUAACUACAGCGUGUUCAGUGAC